ACAGUUCACAGCUGGCGGAAUGAGAUCCUCCCGGAGUGAAGACGGCGUGCAGGAACUUGUCAUGUCCAGCCUGACGUCCAAGAUCCUGGACGUGCGUGUAGGGCCAGCGCAGGACACAGCGACGACUACAGCUUCAAGUUUUAUGGAGAAUGAAACCAGCUGUGGGGAGCAAAUCCUGAGCUAUGGGAAGACGGAGAAAGUGCUCAUAGGAGGAAUUCUGACCAUGCUCACCUUCUUAACCAUCUGUGGAAAUUUGCUGGUGGUCAUUUCCGUGUGCUUCGUGAAGAAGCUGAAACAACCCUCCAACUACCUGAUCGUGUCUCUGGCCGUGGCGGACCUGUCCGUGGCUGUGGCUGUGAUGCCUUUUGUGAGCAUCACUGACCUCAUAGGAGGACAGUGGAUCUUUGGGCGCGUUUUCUGUAACGUCUUCAUCGCUAUGGACGUGAUGUGUUGUACAGCGUCAAUAAUGACUCUCUGUGUGAUCAGUAUAGACAGGUAUCUUGGCAUAACAAAGCCACUGACAUAUCCUGUGAGACAGAGUGGAAAGUGUAUGGCCAAGAUAGUGCUGUCAGUAUGGCUCCUGUCUGCUUCAAUCACACUACCUCCUUUGUUUGGAUGGGCACAGAACGUGAACGACGACAACGUGUGCUUGAUCAGCCAAGACUUGGGCUACACCAUCUACUCCACAGCCGUGGCCUUCUACAUCCCAAUGUCCGUCAUGCUAAUCAUGUACUACAGGAUAUACAGGGCGGCUAAAGUGAGUGUGGCCAAGCAUGCCAUCGCCAUCAUACCUAAGGCUGAGGAAGCCAGCGUAGACUGUGUUUCGGCCGUACUGAAGCUCCAGAGGGAUGCUGAGGACUGUGCGAGCUUUGCUCGUCUUUUGAGGAGUGACCGCAGGAACAUCUCCAUCUUCAAGCGUGAGCAGAAAGCAGCAGCUACUUUGGGUAUAGUGGUGGGGGCCUUCAGUGUGUGCUGGCUGCCUUUCUUUCUGUUGUCAACCGCACGGCCCUUCAUCUGCGGCGUGACGUGCAGCUGCGUGCCCUUAUGGGUGGAGAGGACCCUGCUCUGGCUGGGAUAUGCCAACUCCCUCAUCAACCCCUUCAUCUACGCCUUCUUCAACAGAGACCUCAGGACCACCUACCAGAACAUCAUCUGCUGUCGAUAUCGUAACAUCAACCGUAAACUCUCAGCAGCCAGUAUGCAUGAGGCGCUCAGACUAGCAGAAAGGCCUGAGGUCAUGAUGUAG